AUGGGCGGCGCGCCGCCGCAGCCUCAAACGGAAUUGUGGAGGCAGCGCCCGCAGCAGAUCAAGAGCAGGUACUCCCAACCCCAGCACGCUGGGCAUGGGCUGCUCCUCGGCGGCUACGACGCCGCCAUGGCACGCCCUCCACGGCCACGCCGCCGGCGAGGUGCGCGCCAAGCGGAGCAUGCGUAA